AUGAAGAACAAAAUGAAUGCAUGUGUUAGGCAUUGUAUGGACUUAGAUUAUUUCUGUUUUUAUUCCAUUCUAGGGCUACAGAAAUCUCUACAGCUGUUACCACAAAAAGAAGGAAACAACAGGCUACAAAUGGAAAAGAAUCUCUCCCUCCAAAUACACCUCGAACAAAAGGCUCAUGUUAAGAAAGAUGCAAAAACAGUUCUUAAAGACAAAAUCAAAAGAAGGUGUUCCUGUUCAAAAGGCAGACUGAAAAAACAAUUUGUAGACUUUCUCCCAGUACUGCAGUGGCUACCAAAGUACAGAUUCAAAGAAUAUAUCUGGGGGGAUGUCAUGUCAGGUCUGAUUAUUGGAAUAAUCCUAGUACCCCAAGCCAUAGCGUAUUCCUUGCUUGCAGGACUUAAGCCAAUAUACAGUCUGUAUACAUCUUUCUUUGCCAAUAUUAUUUACUUCUUUAUGGGAACUUCACGGCAUGUUUCAGUAGGCAUUUUCAGUUUAAUGAGCCUACUGAUAGGACAAGUGGUGGACAGAGAAGUGCAGCUAGCUGGUUUUGAUCAGAGUGAAUAUUUUAAUAAACAGAAUGUGACUGACAUCAGUCCAGCUAAUUUUAACAUUACAGAACACUCAAUGGAUCAAGAAUAUGAGAAAGAACAUUUCGCUGUUGGUGUUGCUGCAGCUGUGACGUGUCUUGCUGGAGUUUACCAGGUGCUGAUGGCUGUGUUUCAUCUGGGCUUCGUAUCUGUCUACCUUGCUGAGCCAAUGUUGGAUGGAUUUGCCACUGGGGCCUCUCUGACAAUUUUAACAGUGCAAGUCAAGUACCUACUGGGAAUAAAGCUUCCACGCAGUCAAGGAUUUGGUACACUUGUAAUCACCUGGAUUAACAUUUUCAAGAAUAUUCACAACGCCAAUGUCUGUGAUGUCAUCACCAGUGCCAUCUGUAUUGCCGUACUAGUUGGUGCCAAAGAACUGGGAGACAGGUACAAGCAGAAGCUCAAGAUCCCUCUGCCAACCGAGCUUGUAGUUGUUGUUGUGGCAACACUAGUGUCUCACUAUGCAAACUUCAAUGAAGUUUAUGGAUCAAGUGUUGCUGGUGAAAUUCCAACAGGAUUUAUCCCUCCAAAAGUCCCCAAUUUUGCAAUGAUGUAUCGAGUAGCCUUAGAUGCUGUGCCCCUAGCAAUCAUUGGCUUUGCCUUUACAGUCUCACUGUCAGAAAUGUUUGCAAAAAAACAUGGAUACACUGUCAGAGCCAACCAAGAGAUGUUUGCUGUAGGAUUCUGCAACAUAAUCCCAGCUUUCUUCCAUUCCUUUGCUACUAGUGCAGCUCUCGCUAAGACUCUUGUCAAGGACUCCACUGGAUGUCAGACACAAGUGUCCGGUGUUAUCAGCGCUGUGGUAGUACUACUUGUACUCCUAUUCUUUGCACCUUUGUUUUACUCUCUGCAAAAGUGUAUCCUUGCUUGUAUUAUAAUAGUUAGUUUAAGGGGAGCCCUCAGAAAAUUCCAUGAACUGCCACAGCGAUGGUAUGUCAACAAAACGGAUGCACUGAUAUGGAUUGUCACAAUGCUGUCAUCUGCAUUGAUCAGUACAGAAAUGGGACUUCUAGUAGGUGUUGUAUUUUCAGUAAUAUGUGUUAUCGGUCGUACACAACAUCCUCACAUUGCUGUCUUAGGUCAGAUACCAAACCAUACUUUUUAUGAGGAUGUCAGUGAAUAUGAGAACCUGUGCCUUAUGCAAGACAUCAAGAUAUUUCGUUUGCAAGCACCUCUCUACUAUGCCAAUAAGGAUUUUUUUCAGAAGUUCAUUUAUAAAAUGUCUGGAGUGAAUCCUAUACUAGAAAUCACAAAAAAACAAAAAGCUGAAAGGGAGUUUAAAAAACAAGCAAAGUUAGAACACAGAGUGAAAGCAGUCUGCAAUAAUGCGCAAACAGUAUGCAGUAAUGAGCGAAAUGAAACAGUCAUGCAUCUGGUUCCUAAUCAUUGGGGUUUCCACACACUUAUUUUUGACUGCUCUUCAAUUCCAUUUGUUGAUACAGCUGGCAUUAGUGUUCUUAAAGGGAUCCUGAGAGAUUAUAAAGAGAUAGGAAUUAGUGUUCUUUUAGCUGGCUGCAGUCCCUCUGUGAUAGACUCCUUGCAAAGAGCAGGUUACUUUGGCAAAAAUGAUGAGAAUAGAAAUACCUCUUUAUUUUGCACUGUGCACAGUGCAGUCCUGUAUGCUGAAGAUAGCCAGUCCAGGGAAGCAGAUUCACAAGUUUAACACUUUUUUAAACAAAAGCAGACUGGUAGUAAUUCAGUAUCUCUAGGCAUGCUGAUCAGAGGACACAACUAAGACUGUGAACAAUACAAAAUAAGCCAUAAUAUUGAAAAGAAGCAGGUAGCUAUUUUAAAUAUUAUGGCGGAAAAUGCAACAGACAGAUGGAGCUUAGUAGUUGGUUUACACCCACCAGUGGCAAGACAGACAAAAACUCAGUAUUACACACACAAUUUCUUUUUAAAAAUGUUAUUUUUCCCUAUGAAGUCUCAGCAGCAAUGGCAUAAUUUAAGAAAUAAGAAAUAGCAGCCUGAAACCAUAAAGAGCACUUUGCAUUUUGAUUCUUGAGAUAGUAUUAAGAUGUUUUGUUGUCCAUUUCUGUAGUGUGAGUGCAAUGCAUGCUUCAACAGUUGUGGUGGUUAAGUCAGAGAAGGCCUAAGCUUUAGUUCUGGCUCAACAGUCUUGACUUCCUACAAGUGAUAGUCAAGGUCAAGCCAUGCCCAGACAUUUGCAAAGAAAGCAUUUUGUUAAGUUGACCUCCUUUUCAGAGACAGAAAUGUACACAGCUGUGGCACAAUAAAGCAGCCUGCCCUAACCUGAACUGAGCUCUAAUUUUGCUCAAAGAAUUAAUUCUCAUUGCUGAAUUGGUAUUAAAUUAAAAGUAAUCUUGAUUUGCUUUCCGUACAGAAUUUUUAAGGAAAUUUUUUUUCCAUUUUAUGUACCUUAACAGACAUCGUCAACCAAGUUAGGGGCAGUAUCAUAAAGGGUAACUGUCAGUGCCCAUCACAAGGGUCAGUCUUAUUGCAUUACAUUUAAUAGAAUUGAGAUUUCAUCCACGGUGGUAUUACGGUUUCCUCUCAUAUCCCAAAGACAUGCAGUAGGUGGACUGGACACUCUAAAUUGGCCAUAGGUAUGAGUGUGCGUUCAAGUGUAUGGUAUGGAAGAAAAACCAUGGUAGGGCUAGCCACCCAAUGGUGUGAAUCUUUGCUCUUGAUGAUUGUCACUUUGAACCAACACCCUGACUCUAUUGUAAAAUGGGAAAAGGGGUUGUGGAUGGAUGGAUGGACAUCUUUCAGACAGAUUUCGGAGCAGUAAGGGCAUCCCCUUACCACGUACCCGAUUACCCUCAAUGCUGAAGAAGUCAGCUACAAACUUAGAUAUAAAGGAAAGGGUGUUGCAGACCAUCUUCAUUUCUACUUUUGGUGCUGAAGUAUAAGAUGACUGCAUCUUGUGUGAGUCUGUCUGGCACUGCCCUGCAAAGAACUUCCAUCUGUUUGGCACUGCCCUGCAAAGAUCUUCCGUCUGUCUGGCACUGCCCUGAAAAGAUCUUCUGUCUGUCUGGCACUGCCCUGCAAAGAUCUUUCAUCUGUCUGGCACUGCUCUGCAAAGAUCUUCUGUCUGUCUGGCACUAUCCUGUAAAGAUUUUCCAAGAUCAUCAUAACUACCCUUUUGUUUUUUGUCUAGUUAUAUGGUGUGACUAUACAGAUUGUACUGUGAUGUCCUCAGAAAAAAAAAAGUGCCUGUAAGGCAGAGUUCUUCUAAAGACCGCAGACUAUGAUGUUUGUUUCUUUUGAGGCAAAUAAUGAGGUUCUAAGCUGUGAGCACUAUAAGAUUUUUAAUAAGAGAAGACAGCAUGGAAAAGUUAAGAAUCUCGGGCUGUUUAUAGCUCAAAGACAUUUGGUCUCUCUAGCAGGGCUUCCAAUUACCUCUUCACAUUUUACUAAAUUGAUAACCAGUUUUUCUCUAAGGAAAAAGUCCCCUCAAAAACUGAAUUGCAUGCAAGCACAUUGCAACUUAAGGUGGACAAGGAGGUAAAAUAUUUUUCUGCUCCUCUGAAGACAUAUUUUGAACUCUACAUUUAGACAUUCCUCCAAUAGUGUAGGCACUUGGAGAUGUUUUUGAAAGUAUGUCCCUAGAGCUAAAUUCUCAACCUCAGGUACCCAGAAAACCACACUGGUUUUGGGGGUUGUAGGAAAAACACAAACAGCUAAUUUCUCACUGGAUGCUUCUUGAGAAUCCAAAUUGCCUUCUAGUUUAAAUGCUUUCUGCAAUAAUGGGGAGAACAUAAUUCUAAACAAAGACAGAAAGCAAGUCUAAAAAUCAGCAUCCCUCAGUAUUAGGAGUAUUAACUACCAGGCCUAUAUAAUUCAGCUCAAAGGAAAUAACACAGGGCUGUAAGCCUUGGUAACAAGGAGUGUUUAUAGUAACAAAGACACAAAAGUUUGUAUCAGGGCAGCAACUUCAGAGGCAGUUAUUAGAAUAGCUUGACCCAAAAUACGACUACUUGCAGAGACCAUUGAACAAAAAUUCCUGAAUGCUCCCUAGAUAAAAACAUUUCUUUGGUCCACCAUCUGAAGAAGCGUUUGAAAUGUUGGAAGACAGAGAAGGACCCUGCAGUCAGUUAAACAGCUGUUGCAACCCCCCUCAGUCCUGACAUAUUUUCACAGACUCUCCUAGAAAAGGGCAGCCUAUCUAAAGAAAACAAACUAGGGUGGCCCAAUACAGAAAGAAAAUUAUUCCAGAAAAGACAUGUCUGGAAUGUGAAAAGGGAGCAAGAUGGACAACAAGGCUGCAGACAGAGGGGAAGGUUCUGUUCAGCCAGCUUAGGCCCUCACCAGCUAUGACUAUAUCCUAGCCUCUACUCCCCUUCCCCAACAAUCCCCAAAACCCCUGGGUAGGAAGAUUUCCCGCUUUUUUUUUGGUAGAACUGGACCCUGAUGUCCCCAGAAAAGUGAGUUUUAGAUAUUGUGAUGAGUCUAUGCAGCAGACUUCUAGCAGUUUCUUCCAUCCAUGGACAUCAUACCACUCAACUGUACAGAUUUUUGCAGAAUACCCAGAUUUUUGCCUCAUAUUUU